GCAUCCUCCUCUCUCCUCCCAUCCACCACCUCGUCUUUCUCUUUCAUCUCGCCGCUCUUUCUUUGACGCUCUUUCUCAAAUGACUCUUUCUCUCUUUAUACGCAUUGUGGUGCUAUUCUUUACGGUCCUUGUCAGUGCCGAGCAGCACACUAUCAGCUUUGUCAACAGGUGUGGAUAUGGGACCCCCGCACUCGUCUUGGACGGAAAGAACAUAUCGACCGGUCAGUCUUACACCAGCAACGGCCCCUUCUCUGGCAUCGCUUACCUCCAAACUGGCCCAUGCCUCGCCAACGGGGAGAACUGUGCUCUCCUCGAGAUGACGCUUAUCAACCCGACCGUAGCUGGGGGUGGGUCGAGCACCGACAUAUCCUUGAUCGCUCCUCAUAAGUACAACGUCGAGACGUCGUUUGCGUACUACGGAGGCUGCAACGGUCAAGGAACUACCUGCUCUUCGGCAAAUUGCAACACCGCGUUCUUCAAUCCCAAUGACAACCAAGUACAGGUGGCGUGCCAGGCCAAUAACGUCAACCUCGUAAUCACCUUCUGCAGCAAUGCGUCCGACUUUGUCACCAGCUCUGGCUCGCUUGCCUCUUCGCCAUCGUCCGGAUCUGGAUCUGGGCCUGAGCCUACGUCUGCGUCUGCGUCGGGCACGCCGACAUCUAGUAACAUAAGUAGCUCCUCGAGCGCCAGCGUCGCCUUUCCUACUGGUUCUAGCGCAAUAGCGACGCCGACAUCCUCAAGCGGGAGCAAGUCAUGCUCAACCAAGAAACGAUCCAAGCGGGGUGCGCUCGAGGCGAACGUCGCGGAUGACAUUACGUCGAAGCGUAGGGGCAUGAAGCAGCACAGGCGGCGGCGCGCUUUGAGUAGCGAUCACUGAGCCUUCGUCUAGGUUUGCUUUGCCAUUUGGCUAGCUUCGAUAUCUCUGCGGUUAUCGCGUUUGCAUUCUCGUUUUUGGUUUUUGCUGUCCUUCCUUUCAUGCGAGUGUACUCUGCGAGUCAAGAGUACUAGUCGUUACAUUAUUCUUGCUGGGCAUCUGCGGUGCCCUCCUCUUUGUUGCUUGACUGUAGCAUAUACACACGCAUUCUGUAUCAGCUGUUUGAAACAUCGCUGCGAAUGAUUCUGUUGGUAACACCCGC